AUGUCGCUCGCCAAGUGUCUGCUGUCGGUGUUGGUGCUUCUCGUGGUGGCAGAUCGCGCAGCCCAAACGGAGGUUCGGUUCAAGAUGUGCGGCAGAGAGCUGAUCCGGAUGACCGUGUCCACCUGUGGAAACUCCCGUCUGAAGAGAAGCGUCCGGAAUGGAGAAGAGGGGCGACCCACAACCCCCCACUCUGAUGGGGACCAUAUUGACGCCACAGAGAAGCACGGAAGCCUCUUCAUACCUUCACAGUCUCCAGGGGACGAGCAGCUCAUGUCUCCGGCUCCUCACUGGAUUGCGCUGUCCUCUCGCCUCGGAAGAUCUGCUGGCAAAAUGUCUGACAUUUGUUGUGAGAGAGGAUGCAGCCUGAAAGAGCUGAUCCAGUUCUGCUAG